AUGAAUGAAUUGCUUUCAAAAAGGUUGCUGCAUGGCGACGCAUUUCCUAAAAAUACUACCAGUGAAAGAGUAAAUGUAACUUAUAUAUUGAGAAAUGGAGAUGAGGUCAAAGUUCAAGGCAAAGUCGGUGACAAUGUUAUGAAAUUGUCGCAUAGGUAUGGGAUUGAAAUUGAAGGAGCGUGUGACGCAUCAUGUGCAUGUUCAACUUGUCACGUUUAUGUUGAUGAAAAAUAUAUAUCGAAAUUGCCCGAAGCAUCAGAAGCAGAAGAAGACAUGCUUGACAUGGCACCAUUACUUAAACCGAAUUCUCGUUUGUCUUGUCAGAUUUUGCUCACUAAAGAACUGGACAACAUUGUUAUUAUAUUGCCAAAAAUUACCAGAAAUUUUUAUGUUGAUGGACAUAAACCGAAGCCGCAUUAA